GGGCGGUAAGGAGCCGUGUGGGACUGUAGUUCAACCUCCAGUCAUGUGUGGACAGAGUUGUUUAGUGAGCGAACAGAGACAGACGGACCAACAUCGCUGAGCUGCUGUAAAGAAUGUAACAUACUUUUUUAAAUUAGGGUCACAGAACUUUGUCGUUAUUGAAUUGAAUUGUAGAGGCAAUGGAGCCGAUAACGAAGUGGACCCCGAAACAAGUUGUUGACUGGAUGAAAGGCUUGGAUGACAGCCUGCAGCAAUAUGUGAGCAACUUUGAACGGGAAAAAAUAAGUGGGGACCAGUUACUAAAGAUAACACAUCAAGACCUGGAGGAGCUCGGCGUGGCCAGGAUUGGACACCAGGAACUGGUGCUGGAGGCUGUCGAUCUGCUCUGCGCACUGAAUUAUGGGGUAGAGACAGACAACUUGAAGAAUCUGGUGGUGAGGAUGAGAGCUGCCACCAACAGUCUAUACAUGGCUACAUCAGACCGUAGGAAAAGCCCUGCGUAUGAUGGCAGCACCUUGCGUAAGCCACCCAACGACUUCCUUACCUCUGUGGUGGAGCUGAUUGGUACUGCAAAGAGCCUCUUGGCUUGGCUUGACCGGACACCUCUUACAGGGAUCAGUGACUUCACAGCCACCAAGAACAAACUGAUCAUGAUCCUCAUGUCGUCAUUGUCUUCUGUGCAACAGGACUGCAGUGUUUAUGAGAUGGAAGAGAGGAUCCUGGAAGUUUCUAAAAUUCUGAACAGCAUCUGUGAUCAGACCGUGAGAACCACCUCUGACCCCCUGAUGAGCCAUUCAGCCUGCUUGGAGGAAGUCCAGCUGACUAAUAUCAAACCAGGCGAGGGUCUGGGGAUGUACAUCAAGUCUACAUACGAUGGGUUACACGUCAUCACGGGGACCACCGAACAUUCGCCUGCAGACCUGACCAGAAAGAUCCAUGCUGGUGAUGAGGUGAUUCAGGUGAACCAGCAGACAGUGAUGGGAUGGCAGCUGAAAAACCUGGUCAUCAAACUGAGGGAGGACCCCAAAGGUGUGGUUCUACUCCUCAAGAAGAGGCCCACAGGCACAACAGGUUUCACCCCCGCCCCUCUCAAGAACAUGCGCUGGAAGCCCCCAGUACCUCAGAACAAUUCCUCCUUGAUCAGAACCCAGUCCCCCUGUGGUUCAGCAAAUGGAUCAACCAAAAAGGAGAAGCCAGCUAUCCUGGACUUGUACAUCCCCCCUCCUCCUCCAAUGCCAUACACCCCACGAGAGCUGAAAACAGACUCUGUCUCCAGCAUUAGUAAAAGACCAAAGGGCUCUGAGUCACCCAACUCCUUUCUGGAUCAGGAGAGCAGAAGACGCAGCACGAUCGCAGAUUAUGACAAACUGAGCGUUGGCUGUCCCAUCGAAGCCAACGUGAUACAGCCCAGAAUGAGGGAGCACAAGCUUUCACGGGGUAAGCCACGGCCGCUGUCCAUGCCAGUGGAUACCUGUGUUGGAGUGGUAGAUCCCUACACAAAGGCCUGGGCACCCGGAAGGAAAGGUGAAGACCUCCUGUACAGAUACCUGAGCAAUGAGAGGAUCCCCACUAUAGCAGAAGAGGUCCCCUCUGCGACCCCACCCUACAGGCCUGCAGGGGAACGUCACCUCGUCCGAGUGGACCACAUCCGGGGUAGCCGCUACUACUCCAACUCAGACCUCCACAACAGCGCCACCAUCCCCUACCAGGAGGACAUGAGAAAGAUCCCCAUAGGCCCCGUCUCCAAGCGCACAACAGCUGAACGCUCCCUACUGGUCAGUUGGAUCACGCGGCUUAAGCUAUUGACUCACUGAUGAUGCGCUUUCUGCCCGGGGCUUCCUGUUCCUGUCUUGUGUCCUUCCUCAGUGCCUUUCAUUUUUAAUGUCCGGCUGUUGUUUUGGCAGCUUUGGGUUUUCUCACACUCCUUUCUCCCCAGUCUCCAUGUUUCCUUGGUGUUCCUGCUACUAGCAACUACUACUCCUCAACCAAACUUGCUUUUGUAUUACUCACUACAUUAUGUCAUCGCCCUUUAACACUGCCCACAACCCUCCAUGUCUUUGACUACAAGUCCCAUCUCUGCCUCAGAAGGAUACAGUUUGUUCAGGUUUAGGACACUUUGGCCCUGUGUAAGCUGUCUAUGGACUUUUCUGUACAUAUAAAGUUAUGUAAUGUUUCAGUUGAAAACCUAUCUGUACCAUUGUUUAAUACUUCAAAAAACUUGCCUGAUAUCACUUCAGCUAUAGAUGGGUUUCCUGUUGACAAACAUUUGAGGAUGCACGUGCAUUGGCAGGGUAUAGAUUGGAGAUUUAAUUGGUUGAACAAAGCCAGUGAUUAUUUUCCUUUAGUAACAGACCAUGUAUGGUCUUUCACUGAAGUGCUGUUACGUCAGUUGCAACACUGCGAACAGUCUACAUAAAACACACAGCAAAUUUAUUAAUAUCUCUUUCCCACUUUUACAACACUUAGUCGAUAUAUAUUUAGAUAAUACAGUUGUAAUGUAACAACAUGAUUAAUUUAUUCACAGUUUUGAGCAUAAGGCGUUAGCUACCAGGCUGCAGUUACCCUCAGUUCUAUAGCUUUUUUAGCAUUGUUAGCUAACAAUCACCUGAACUGGGGGCAACUGUGGUUCAGUGGGUAGAGCAGUCGUCUCUGAAUCGGAGGGCCGGAGGUUCA